AGGGCUGCAGGGCUGUGUGUGGGGGAAGUAACGCGGAGAAGACAAGCCAUCCAGGCGCUCGCUCGUUCGCUUGCUCGCCCGCCCGCCCUCCCGCGGCCCCGGCUUGCGGUCCCGGCUCAGACUCGGUUUCCCCAGCGGAAGCCAUUCUAGGCGCACUUCCCCAGCGGCUCCUUCCGGACGCCUGCUCGGCUUUCCCGGGCACGGCGUUCGCGCUCCGCCUCGCCCCCCCUCGCCCUCCCGCUCACUCCCUCCCUCCCUCUCUCCCUCCCAUCGCCAAGCUCCCCGCCCUUAGUAUCGCGAGACGAGGUGAGAGCUGGCGGAGCGGCGGCGGCGGCGGCAGUAGAGGUGACCGAGGCGGUGGCGGCGGCGGCGGCGGCCCGGAGCGCUGUGUCGGCCCCGGCGCGGCCGAAGUCGCGGUAGAGCGGAGCCCCCACGCCCCUCCCCCGUCCGCGUCCCCCCCUCUUCCCGCGGGGAUGGAGAAGGCGACGGUUCCGGCGGCGGCUGAGGGAGAAGGGAGCCCCCCGGCGGCGGCGGCAGUGGCGGCCCCCCCCGCGGCGGCGGAGGUCGGCGGCGGGGCUCGCUCGGCCUCGUCUCCUCGUGGGAUGGUGCGAGUCUGCGACCUGCUCCUGAAGAAGAAGCCACCGCAGCAGCCGCACCACAAGGCCAAGCGGAACCGGACUUGCCGACCCCCCAGCAGCAGCGAAAGCAGCAGCGACAGCGACAACAGCGGCGGCGGCGGCGGAGGAGGCGGCGGCGGCACCAGCAGCAACAACAGCGAGGAAGAGGAGGACGACGACGACGAGGAAGAGGAGGUUUCUGAGGCAAGGGCCUGGUUUCACCUCGAGGAGGGCGGAAGGGACCGUGAAGGGCCUAAGGUGGAGUCUUUCAUUUUGGACCAGGAUGAUUUGGAGAAUCCAAUGCUGGAAACAGCUUCCAAGUUGCUCCUCUCAGGCACCGCUGACGGUGCUGACCUCAGGACAGUAGAUCCAGAGACACAAGCUAGACUGGAGGCUUUGCUAGAAGCUGCAGGAAUAGGCAAAUUAUCCACGGCGGAUGGUAAAGCCUUCGCAGACCCUGAAGUGCUCCGGAGGUUAACGUCGUCUGUCAGUUGUGCGUUGGAUGAAGCUGCUGCUGCACUUACCCGGAUGAGAGCUGAGAGCACAGCAAAUGCAGGGCAGUCGGACAACCGCAGUUUGGCAGAAGCCUGUUCAGAAGGAGAUGUAAAUGCUGUGCGGAAAUUACUCAUUGAAGGCCGAAGUGUGAACGAGCACACUGAGGAAGGGGAGAGCCUCCUUUGUCUCGCUUGUUCUGCUGGAUACUAUGAGCUUGCACAGGUUUUAUUGGCAAUGCACGCAAAUGUGGAAGACAGGGGAAUCAAAGGUGACAUCACACCUUUAAUGGCUGCUGCUAAUGGAGGACACGUCAAAAUCGUGAAGUUGCUGCUAGCUCAUAAAGCUGAUGUCAAUGCACAGUCUUCAACAGGCAACACAGCCCUUACCUAUGCUUGUGCUGGAGGCUAUGUAGAUGUUGUAAAGGUGCUCUUGGAAUCCGGUGCUAGUAUUGAGGACCAUAAUGAGAAUGGUCACACACCUCUUAUGGAAGCUGGAAGUGCUGGGCAUGUGGAAGUAGCCAGAUUGCUGCUAGAAAAUGGAGCUGGCAUCAAUACGCAUUCCAAUGAGUUUAAAGAGAGCGCCCUUACGUUAGCUUGUUAUAAAGGACAUCUAGAGAUGGUGCGAUUUCUUUUGGAAGCAGGCGCUGAUCAAGAGCAUAAGACAGAUGAAAUGCACACUGCUCUAAUGGAGGCUUGCAUGGAUGGCCAUGUUGAAGUGGCUAGGUUGCUUCUGGACAGCGGUGCUCAAGUGAACAUGCCAGCUGAUUCAUUUGAGUCUCCACUGACUUUGGCUGCAUGUGGAGGGCAUGUGGAACUUGCAGCCUUACUUAUUGAAAGAGGAGCUAGCCUGGAAGAGGUCAAUGAUGAAGGUUAUACUCCUUUGAUGGAGGCAGCUCGUGAAGGGCAUGAAGAAAUGGUGGCAUUACUUCUAGGCCAAGGAGCAAAUAUCAAUGCACAGACAGAAGAAACUCAAGAAACUGCCUUGACCCUGGCUUGCUGUGGAGGCUUUCUGGAAGUGGCGGACUUUCUGAUUAAGGCUGGAGCUGAUAUAGAGCUGGGGUGUUCCACGCCUUUGAUGGAAGCUGCUCAGGAGGGUCACUUGGAGUUAGUUAAAUACUUACUAGCUGCAGGAGCUAAUGUUCAUGCAACGACAGCGACGGGGGACACAGCUUUAACAUACGCCUGUGAAAAUGGCCACACAGAUGUAGCAGACGUCCUACUCCAGGCAGGUGCAGAUCUGGAACAUGAAUCAGAAGGUGGAAGAACUCCUUUAAUGAAAGCUGCAAGAGCUGGUCAUGUUUGCACAGUUCAGUUCUUAAUUAGCAAAGGAGCAAACGUGAACCGAACCACGGCUAAUAACGACCACACUGUGCUGUCGCUGGCGUGUGCGGGCGGUCACUUGGCAGUGGUGGAGCUACUUCUGGCGCAUGGGGCAGACCCUACUCACCGUUUAAAAGAUGGCUCAACCAUGUUGAUAGAAGCAGCGAAAGGUGGCCACACAAGUGUUGUUUGCUAUCUUUUAGACUAUCCUAAUAAUCUACUUGCAGCCCCUCCACCAGACGUCACUCAGCUAACUCCCCCAUCCCACGAUUUAAAUAGGGCACCUCGAGUACCAGUUCAAGCACUGCCCAUGGUUGUCCCACCUCAGGAGCCUGACAAGCCACCUGCCAACGUUGCUGCUACUCUUCCCGUUAGGAAUAAAGCUGCUUCUAAACAAAAGUCCAACAGCCAUUUGCCAGCAAACAGCCAGGAUGUACAGGGUUACAUCACCAAUCAGUCUCCAGAGAGCAUUGUAGAAGAGGCUCAGGGAAAGUUAACAGAACUGGAACAGAGGAUAAAAGAAGCCAUAGAAAAAAAUGCACAGCUGCAGUCCUUGGAGCUGGCUCAUGCCGACCAACUCACCAAGGAGAAGAUCGAGGAGCUGAACAAAACGAGGGAGGAACAAAUUCAGAAGAAACAAAAGAUUCUGGAGGAACUGCAGAAAGUAGAGCGAGAGCUACAACUGAAAACUCAGCAGCAGCUUAAAAAACAGUAUCUAGAAGUUAAAGCCCAGCGGAUUCAGCUGCAGCAGCAGCAACAGCAGCAGCAGCAGCAACAGCAGCAACAGCAGCAGCAGCAGCAGUCUUGCCAGCAUCUGGGACUCCUUACUUCUGUUGGGGUUGGAGAGCCGCUUCCUGAGGGAGACUAUGCACGGUUACAGCAAGUGGAUCCUGUUUUGCUUAAAGAUGAACCCCAGCAGACUGCUGCUCAGAUGGGUUUUGCACCAAUCCAGCCUCUGGCGAUGCCUCAAGCUUUGCCUCUGGCAGCGGGUCCCUUGCCUCCAGGGUCCAUCGCAAAUCUUACAGAACUUCAAGGAGUGAUAGUUGGACAGCCAGUACUGGGCCAAGCACAGUUGGCAGGGCUGGGGCAAGGAAUUCUCACUGAAACACAACAAGGGUUAAUGGUAGCCAGCCCUGCUCAGACCCUCAAUGACACGCUGGAUGACAUCAUGGCAGCAGUCAGUGGACGAGCAUCUGCAAUGUCAAACACUCCUACCCACAGUAUCGCUGCUUCUGUUUCCCAGCCUCAGACUCCAACUCCAAGUCCCAUCAUCUCUCCUUCAGCCAUGCUACCUAUCUACCCUGCCAUUGACAUCGAUGCACAGACGGAGAGUAACCAUGAUACCGCACUGACACUUGCCUGUGCAGGUGGCCAUGAGGAACUGGUGCAGACACUGCUAGAAAGAGGAGCCAGUAUUGAGCACCGGGACAAGAAAGGUUUUACUCCGCUCAUCUUGGCUGCUACAGCUGGUCAUGUUGGUGUUGUAGAGAUAUUGCUGGACAAUGGUGCAGACAUUGAAGCCCAAUCAGAAAGAACCAAGGACACACCACUGUCCUUGGCUUGUUCUGGGGGCAGACAGGAGGUAGUGGAGUUGUUGUUAGCUCGCGGUGCAAAUAAAGAACACAGGAAUGUUUCUGAUUACACACCUCUAAGCCUGGCUGCUUCGGGUGGCUAUGUGAACAUCAUCAAAAUACUGCUAAAUGCAGGAGCUGAGAUCAAUUCAAGAACUGGCAGCAAAUUGGGCAUUUCUCCACUGAUGUUGGCAGCUAUGAAUGGGCAUACAGCUGCAGUCAAGCUCCUUUUAGACAUGGGCUCUGACAUAAAUGCUCAGAUAGAAACCAACCGGAACACUGCCCUGACCUUAGCCUGCUUCCAAGGAAGGACUGAAGUGGUUAGCCUUCUGCUUGAUAGAAAAGCCAAUGUUGAACACAGGGCUAAGACUGGCCUCACACCAUUGAUGGAAGCGGCCUCUGGUGGAUAUGCAGAGGUGGGCCGAGUUCUUUUGGAUAAAGGUGCUGAUGUGAAUGCCCCUCCAGUGCCCUCCUCAAGAGACACAGCUCUAACCAUAGCCGCAGAUAAAGGGCAUUAUAAAUUCUGUGAACUUCUCAUUGGCAGGGGAGCUCAUAUUGAUGUGCGUAACAAAAAGGGGAACACUCCAUUAUGGCUAGCAGCAAAUGGUGGACACCUAGAUGUGGUUCAGCUCCUGGUGCAAGCAGGUGCAGAUGUAGACGCAGCAGAUAACCGCAAGAUAACUCCGCUCAUGGCUGCAUUUAGAAAGGGUCAUGUGAAGGUGGUACGCUACUUAGUCAAAGAGGUCAAUCAGUUUCCAUCAGAUUCUGAAUGCAUGAGGUAUAUAGCAACCAUCACUGAUAAGGAGAUGCUGAAGAAGUGUCAUCUUUGUAUGGAAUCAAUAGUACAAGCCAAAGACAGGCAGGCUGCUGAAGCAAAUAAGAAUGCCAGCAUACUGCUGGAGGAGCUAGACCUGGAGAAGUUAAGGGAAGAAAGUCGAAGGCUGGCUUUGGCUGCCAAAAGAGAAAAGCGAAAAGAGAAAAGAAGGAAAAAAAAGGAAGAGCAAAGAAGGAAAUUAGAGGAAAUUGAAGCCAAAAAUAAGGAGAACUUUGAACUCCAAGCUGCUCAAGAAAAAGAAAAACAUAAAGUUGAAGAAGAACCUGAAGUCUUGACAGAGCCUCCAAGUGCCACUACCACCACUACCAUAGGAAUAUCUGCUACAUGGACUACUUUGGCAGGUUCCCAUGGUAAACGAAAUAAUACCAUAACUACAACCAGCUCAAAGAGGAAAAACAGGAAAAAUAAAAUUACUCCAGAAAAUGUUCAAAUUAUAUUUGAUGAUCCACUACCAAUUUCAUACAGUCAGCCGGAGAAGGCGAGUGGAGAAUCCAAGAGCAGCAGCACCAGCGAGAGUGGGGACAGUGACAACAUGAGGAUUUCCAGCUGCAGUGAUGAGAGCAGCAACAGCAACAGCAGCAGAAAGAGUGACAAUCAUUCGCCGGCUGUGGCCACAGCCACUGUGGCCAGCAAGAAGCAGCCGUCUGUUCUUGUUACAUUUCCAAAAGAGGAGAGAAAAUCCGUUUCGGGCAAGGCUUCUAUAAAAUUGUCAGAGACUGUCAAUGAAGGGACCAGUAAUUCUCUGUCAACUUGUACAAAAUCUGGUCCGUCUCCUCUUUCCUCUCCAAAUGGGAAGUUAACAGUAGCAAGUCCUAAGCGUGGGCCAAAGAGGGAAGAAGGAUGGAAGGAAGUCGUGAGGCGGUCAAAAAAGGUAUCGGUUCCAUCAACUGUGAUAUCCAGAGUGAUUGGAAGAGGGGGCUGCAAUAUCAAUGCUAUUCGGGAAUUCACUGGUGCACACAUAGACAUUGACAAGCAGAAGGACAAGACUGGAGACCGCAUAAUAACUAUAAGGGGUGGCACUGAAUCAACAAGACAAGCAACUCAGUUGAUCAAUGCUUUGAUCAAGGAUCCAGACAAAGAAAUUGAUGAACUUAUUCCAAAGAAUCGUUUGAAAAGCUCCUCAGCAAAUUCCAAAAUAGGGUCCUCGGCACCUACCACCACUGCUGCUAAUAGUUCCUUGAUGGGAAUCAAAAUGACAAGUGUAGCUCUGUCAUCAGCAUCCCAGACUGCCACAGCACUCACCGUUCCUGCAGUCUCUUCUGCAUCCACUCACAAAACCAUUAAGAACCCCGUGAACAACGUGAGGCCUGGCUUCCCAGUGUCUCUGCCAUUAGCGUAUCCUCCUCCACAGUUUGCACACGCUUUGCUUGCUGCUCAGACUUUCCAGCAGAUCCGUCCACCACGGUUGCCCAUGACCCACUUUGGAGGUACUUUUCCACCAGCUCAGUCCACUUGGGGUCCUUUUCCUGUCAGGCCUUUGAGCCCUGCCAGAGCUACUAACUCGCCUAAGCCUCACAUGGUGCCUCGCCAUAGCAAUCAGAAUAGCAGUGGUUCUCAGGUGAAUUCAGCAGGUUCUUUAACUUCAAGCCCAACAACUACAACCAGUUCAUCAGCUUCAGCGGUGCCUGGUACAACUUCAAAUGGCAGUCCAAGUUCUCCUUCAGUCAGAAGGCAGCUUUUUGUCACAGUUGUGAAGACAUCCAAUGCCACAACCACAACAGUCACAACUACAGCAAGCAACAACAGCACCGCACCCACAAACGCCACAUAUCCUAUGCCUACUGCCAAAGAACACUAUCCAGUGUCAUCCCCAUCUUCCCCAUCACCACCAGCCCAGCCAGGAGGGGUUUCUAGAAAUAGCCCUUUGGAUUGUGGAUCAGCAUCCCCAAAUAAAGGGGCAUCUUCUUCCGAACAGGAAGCAAGUAGUCCGCCAGUAGUAGAAACUACAAACAGUAGACCUCCACACAGCAGCAGUUCUUCUGGGAGCUCAUCAGGUCAUUCCACUCAGCAGCAGCCUCCGGGAUCUGUUCCUCAGGAGCCAAGACCCCCUCUUCAGCAGUCUCAGGUUCCUUCCCCGGAUGUGAGAAUGACUGUUCCUCCUACAGCUACAAGUUCUGCUCCAGUGGUGGUGCCUUCUACUGCGCCUGUGACGUACCCUAUGCCUCAGACACAAAUGGGAUGCUCCCAGCCUCCUAAAAUGGAAACCCCUGCUAUUAGACCACCCUCUCAUGGCACAACUGCCCCUCACAAGAAUUCAACUCCAGUGCAGAAUUCAUCUGUUGCAGUCCUCAAUGUCAAUCACAUUAAAAGACCUCAUAGUGUUCCCUCCUCUGUCCAGCUACCUUCGACCUUAAGUACACAAAGUGCUUGUCAGAAUUCAGUACAUCCAGCAAAUAAGCCUGUUGCUCCCAAUUUCAGUGCCCCAUUACCAUUUGGGCCCUUUAGCACAUUGUUUGAAAACAACCCUACUAAUGCUCAUGCCUUCUGGGGAGGACCUGUUGUUUCAUCUCAGUCAACACCAGAAUCUAUGCUGUCAGGAAAAUCCUCGUAUUUGCCAAAUUCAGAUCCUUUACAUCAGUCUGAUACUUCCAAAGCACCAGGUUUUAGGCCACCAUUACAGAGACCUGCUCCGAGUCCCUCAGGUAUUGUCAACAUGGACGCACCGUAUGGUUCUGUAACACCUUCUUCUACACAUUUGGGAAACUUUGCCUCAAGUCUUUCAGGAGGUCAGAUGUAUGGGCCUGGAGCACCCCUUGGAGGAGCACCCAUUGGAGGAGCACCCCUUGGAGGAGCGCCUGCUGCUGCCAACUUUAACAGACAGCAUUUUUCCCCACUUAGUUUGUUGACUCCAUGUUCAUCAGCAUCAAAUGAGUCUCCAGCACAGUCAGUGUCCUCUGGAGUUCGUGCACCAUCUCCUGCCCCAUCCUCAGUACCUUUAGGGUCUGAAAAGCCCAGCAGUGUCUCUCAGGACAGGAAGGUUCCAGUUCCGAUUGGGACUGAGCGUUCUGCACGGAUCAGGCAAACUGGAACUUCAGCUCCAUCUGUUAUCGGGAGUAAUUUGUCUACAUCAGUAGGACAUAGUGGCAUCUGGUCCUUUGAAGGGAUUGGUGGCAAUCAAGACAAAGUGGACUGGUGUAACCCUGGGAUGGGAAAUCCCAUGAUUCACAGGCCAAUGUCUGACCCAGGAGUGUUUUCACAGCAUCAAGCAAUGGAGCGAGAUAGUACAGGAAUUGUAACUCCUUCUGGUACAUUCCAUCAGCAUGUUCCUGCAGGAUACAUGGACUUUCCUAAACUUGGGAGUAUGCCUUUUUCUGUAUAUGGGAAUGCAAUGCUUCCUCCGGUAGCACCUAUCCCUGAUGGUGCUGGAGGACCCAUAUUUAAUGGCCCUCACUCUGCAGACCCUUCUUGGAAUUCACUGAUAAAGAUGGUUUCAAGUUCCACAGAAAACAAUGGUCCUCAAACGGUGUGGACCGGACCCUGGGCACCUCAUAUGAACAGUGUGCACAUGAACCAGCUUGGCUGAUGAGGACAAACCUGUCAGCCUGCAGAUUCCUUUCAUUCAGAGGAAGUCACAAGUGGCCGAGAAACAUUUUUAUGCUCCCAAAUCAUUCUACUGAUGUGCUUGACUGAAGUGUGUAGGCUUUUUGCAGAAGAACUUACUAACUGACCUAUUUUCUGUGAACAUUUGUGACAGCCAAUUCUCCAUUAUCAUCCGUUUUUACCUUAGUUAGCAUUUUUUCUUAUUUUUCUUCUUUCUUUCCCUCCUCUCCUUUGGACAUGACUUUCUGUUGAAGCUGUUCUUUGGCUGGUUGGUUUUAGUACUGUAAACUGCUUCUGAGCAAACACGGAAAUUUAGCAAAAUUAUGUAAACUUGAUCCUGAAGUUUUAGAAUGGCAAAUAAAUGUACAAUUGUUUACAUAACAGAAAAGGCUAAGCAGAAAGUAAAUUUCAGUCUGUCAGUCUAGAGGCUCUACUUCAUGUAGACUUAAACUCAUGUGAGAUAUGUACUUCAUACUCAGAAACCUGGAUGUCUCCUUCAUACAUUAAACUAUUAAUAAGCACCACUUUUCUACUUGUAUAAUUUCAGCAUAGGUGACCUGAUGGGCAUUAACCGUGGAUGUCCCUGCGUUAGCUCUGCAGCACCCAGCGUACUCCCUAGUGGGUUUGUUUGUAGCAAGGCAGAUAGAAGAAAUUUCUGGCUUUUCCAUGUCUUUAUUAAAUUGGUCACACUUUUCAAACUCACGCACACAUAUCUCUUCAGUCUGGACUUUCUUUGCCACGAUGACUCCGUAGUUAGACUCUUAUGCUCAGUAGUGUAAAGCCUUUCCCGUAGUGGCUGCUGCACUGAGGUGAAGCAUCUUCAGUGGCACCAGUGGUCUCUUCUAACCGGAAAACUUCAGACUUUUGAGCAACUUAAAAGCCACCACAGUUCUCAGUCAGCAUAUAUUGUUUAUUUUUAAAGAUUUCAGCAUAUUUUAUAUUGGAUACUAUUGAUUCUUAUUAACAUUGGCUCUUCCUGGUCAGCGAGAGUCAACAUGCAGUUUUCCCGUUUCCAGCAUCUAUGUCUUAGUUUGAAAGGCUCCUUGCUCUCUGCAUUUGUUGGUAGAAGUGAAAAGGAUGAACAGCUAACUUGGGCCAACUCAGAAAGGAGUGUUUGGGUUUGUUUUUAAAAUGAUUUAUGGUCAAUCCAUGAAUACACGGAUUAUAAAUUAAAGUCUCCAUUUAACCUGUUUAUAUGUGAUUCAGGGCCACACUAAACUACUCAGUGGGAAUUAUAUAUUCCAUCCACUUGAAACAAUAAACAAUAAUGUAUACAAGAA